GGCUGGUCAGGCCAGGACCCCGCGCGGGGGGGCUGGGAGCGGCGCUUCCAGGACGGGGCCUCCGGCCGUCCCUCUGCCCGCCCCGCGCACAGACUCGCGGCCCCGGGCGGAGCCCAGCAGCCCCGCAGGUUUGGUGCAGGAGCCGCCCGGGCGCGGGCUCCCCUGGAGAAACGUCCCGGCCGCUUUCCUGCUUCCUUCAGCGCGAGCGGCGCGCGGUGCCACCGAGAAAAUAACACAUUCGCUGUGCGGUGCCGUGAACGCGGGGAAGUUCCCGAAACCCAGCGGCUUCCCGUAAACACGCUCCUUCCUCAUCUGGGACGUGGGUCCCUGUCCGGUCCGCUUCUCCUCCCCGGCCCCUCCCUCCUGUCUCUUUCAUUUUCUCGGGACUCCCGGCGCGCGCGCGGAGAAGCUGCAUCUUGGAGGAGCGCGUCCAGGAGCGGACCAGGGCCCACUGAUGCCUGGUGACCUGAGGGGCCUGUGUCACUAGGGCUCAAGGCAAGACGGCAAAAGAAGGCUCCGCGGCUGGAAGCAGCCCAGCAGCCUGCCUUGCCGUGGACAGCAGCGGGGUGAAGCCGACCUGGGUGUCAGGAACGCACACAGGGAGUGUCCCAAGAGCCACUGACAAGGACCAGGGGACCCUGAGGCUGCUCAAGUCCCGCCAGCCAUGCAGACCUGCCCCCUGGAGUUCCCCGGCCCCAUUUCCCAGGCCCUCGGGGCCCUCCUACUCCUGGCUGCCUCCUUGAGUGCUCAGAAUGAAGGCUGGGACCUUCCCACCUGCACGGAGGGCGUGGUCUCCGUGUCUCAGGGCAAAAACGUAGCGAUGUCCUGCAACAUCUCCAACACCUUCUCCCUCGUCACCGUCACGCUGCGCCACCUCAGGGAGAACAAGGCCAUCUUCCACAACGUGUCCCAAGGCCACUUCUCCCGGGACGACUGGCAGCUCUGGGUUCAGGGAGGCAUGGCCCAGCUGCUCAUCAAAGGUGUCCGGGACUCCCACGCUGGGCUGUACAUGUGGCACCUCAGGGGACGCCAGAGAAAUAACAGAAAUAUCACACUGGAGGUUUCAGAGCCCGAAGGCCUGAAGGACAGUGACGGUACACAGCUCCCGGAAGCUGGCACACUCAGGGGCUCAGAGGUCCCGUCUGCCCCCAGCACUGGGUCCGGGCCUGUGCCGGGGGUGAUCGCUGCUGUCUCCAUCCUCACGGUUGCUGUGGUCAUGUUCGCCUGCUACAUGUGCCGCCGUUCCCGGCAACGCCAGGAGGUCCUGCUUACCCAGAGGGUAAGCAGCUGCACUCACCGGGCUGGGAAGGCUGGAUGUGGGAACAUGGCCCAGCCCCCGAGGCUCCUGCUGCUGGCCCUCCUCCUGGCACUGGCCCGAGGCCUGCCUGAGGCCCUGGCCAUCCAAGAGAUGCAGCAGUCUCCCUGCUUCACGAUCGCCCCCGUGGAAGGCUCUGUCAACAUCACCUGCUCCACCAGUGGGGCCCUGAGUGGGAUCUACCUGAAGCAACUCUGGCCACAGCCCACAGACAUCAUUUACUACGAGGACGGGGCGACGCCCACAGUGAACACAGUGUUCAGGGACCGUGUCAACUUCUCGGGGUCCCAGGACAAACUGACCAUCACCAUGCAGCGCCUGCAGCCAGCGGACACUGGGACCUACACCUGCGAGGGCGUCACGGAGACUGAUGUCUUCCGCCCCCGCCAUGGCACCUUGGUCCUGGUGACAGAAGAACUGUCCCAAGGAGCACACAGAUGCCCAGAGGCCCGGCCGACAGCCUCUGCCCUCCCUGCGGCCCUGAUGGUGGUCUCCUUCCUCCUCGGGCUGGGCCUGGGGGUGGCGUGUGUGCUGGGUAGGACCCAGAUGAAGAAAGUGUGCUCAUCUCGGGACAGGGACUCGGCGGCCGCGUGCGUGGUGUAUGAGGACAUGUCCCACAGCCGCUGCAACACGCUGUCCGCCCCCAAUCUGUACCAGUGACCCAGUGCGCCUGCCACGCCCCGCCGGGGUCCCCACACCGCCUCCCCUGCCCCGCGGCGCCCCGCAUCCCGCCGCGCCCCGCAUCCCGCCAC